AUGGCGGCGAAGAUUCAGUAUAAUGUCCACACGACGAACAAAUACUCUGUUUUUGACACGGAUAAUUCAGAUGAAGAAAAUCAAAAUAAAAAAUUAAAAGAAUUCAAGAAACGUGAAAUAAAUAGUGUCCAUGAGGAUAAUACCAAUAGUAAAAGUACAGAAAAAAAAAAGUUACCAGAAGUGAAGGACGUUAAACCUCCCGCGACGGUUAAAGAACAGAACGCAAAAAAAAUAACAACUUCUAAUAAUUAUAAUAAUGAUAAUAAUGAUAAAUACAAUAAAUAUAUCAGUUCAUCAGUUAAUGAAUUAAAGGAAAGUAAUAACAUCAACAGAAGUUACCGAGAUAAUUUCCAUCCAAGGGGUAAUAAUAUAAGAAGUAAAUUUCCUCGAAAGAGAGCAGGAGGAGGAUAUAGUAAUUCUUCUACCAAUAUUUUAUCAAACAGUAAUUUUUAUAGGGGUUCAAGGAAUUAUGAUUACAAAUUUGGCUCCGAUAGGAGGAACUAUAAUUCUUCAUAUAAUUAUAAUAAAAUAGAUUAUAGGGAGAAAAUGUUCAACGAAUAUAACGAUAGUAGAAAUAUGUAUGAUAGUGGAAAAAGAGAAUCAUACCAAGAUUCAAAAAAUAAGAAUUAUGAAGAAAAUAUUAACAUAACGAGAAAGCAUGAAUCAGUUACUAUUGAUUAUGAUCUCUAUAGAAGACAACAAGAGAAAAAAUUAAUUUCUAAAAAAAAUAUAAUAGCAGAUAGUAGUGAUAAAAAGACAAAAAAAAAUGAAGUGAAUAAUGAAAAAUUUAAUACAACAUCAAAUAAUAACACCAAUUUAAAACGAAAUGAUAAUGUGGAGAAUGAGGGGAAAUCAGAUCAUCCUAAGAGGAAAGCAAUUAAUGUUUAUCAGUAUAUAUUAGAAGAAGGGGGGAGAGUUGAUAGAAUACCAGGAUUCCGUAGAAGUUAUAGAAACUAUAAAAAAUUUGAUGAAGCUAAUUGGAAUAAUAAGAUGGAAGGAAAAACAAAAAUUCAAAUGGAUGAAAAAAUUUUAAAAAAAAGAGAUCCACCAAAUAUUAACGAUACAAGGGCUUUUCCAUCCUUGACCAGCAAAUGA